AUGCCUGUAUGUGUUUGUCUCUUGACAUCAAUAUACCUAUUUCUCGCUCGUUCUCUCUCAACUGAUUUUCUCUUUCACUCUCUAUCUAUCUUCUUUAAUUUGUAUUUAUCUCUGCCACUAUCAAUCUAUCUAUCUCCAUUCAUAUGUACAGCCUGUCUGAAAAAGGCUAUUUCUAUCUAUCUAUCUAUCUAUCUGAUUUUAUUCAUAUCUCUAUCUGAUUUUAUUCAGAUCUAUCUAUCUAUCUAUGCUUUCACAUAUAUAAAUAUAAAUAAUGAUAUUAUUUCUUACGUUUGUUUUUAUCUCUUUCUUUUUUUUCUUUUCAAUCAACAUCUUCAUCGUCGCUGUCUUGUCUGUUUCAUCACUGCUACGUUGAGUCAAGAUCUAUCUAUCUAUCUAUCUAUCUAUCUAUCUAUCUAUCUAUCUCAAUCACAAUAUGUUCAUAUCUAUCUAUCUAUCUAUCUAUCUAUCUAUCUAUCUAUCUAUCUAUGCCAUUCUUAUCCUAUCUAUCUAUUUAUCUAUCUAUCUAUCUAUCUAUUUAUCUCAAUCACAAUAUGUUCAUAUCUAUCUGUGGAUCCUAACACAACACUAUCUAUCAAUCUAUCUAUCACAAUCUGUUCAUAUCUAUCUAUCUAUCUAUCUAUCUAUGCCAUUCUUAUCCUAUCUAUCUAUCUAUCUAUCUAUCUAUCUAUCUAUGCCAUUCUUAUCCUAUCUAUCUAUCUAUGCCAUUCUUAUUCUAUCUAUCUAUCUAUCUAUCUAUCUAUCUAUCUAUCUAUCUAUCUAUCUAUCUAUCUCAUAUCUAUCUAUCUAUCUAUCUUCAUAUCUAUUUAUAUCUAUCUAUCUAUCUAUCUAUCUAUCUAUCUAUCAGAAAGGCCAGUCUUCUUCGCUUCUUUUGCAACACGAGUCAGCUUCUCCUGCGCGUCUUGUUGUUUGUGGGAGAGAAGGCUGAUGUCGUCUGCGAAAUCAAGAUUUUCCAGCUGCUUCAUGAAGGUCCACUGUAAACCAGUUCUCUUGCCUGUCGUAACCUACCGCAUUAUCCAGUCGACCACCAACAGGAAGAUCGGGGGCGACAGCAGGCAUCCCUCAUGA